AUGGCUUCUUCCGGACCAGCCUACGGAUCUAUCGCCGAAUUACAGACGGCCAUCCGGGAUGGCCGCACUACUGUCAAGGGUGCUGUUGAGGGGUAUUUGAACGUGAUACAGAAACAGAAUGCGGACCUGAAUGCUGUGACUUUGACGAAUCACAAGGCUAUCGAGGAGGCCGAGAGACUUGACGUGAGUAUCAUUCGGAACUGAAGCCGGCAAUGGCAUGAAGCAACGGCCAACCCACGAGCGAGACUAAUCAGUCUGCAGAACCUACCUGUGGAUCAGAGAGGGCCUCUGUUUGGCGUUCCAAUCUUGAUCAAAGACCAGAUCGAAACCGAAGGGAUUGCAACGUCCUUCGGCAGCAAGACGUGCAAAGACUACGUCCCGAGGAGAGAUGCUGAACUGAUCCAAAAGCUGAAGAAUGCCGGAGCGAUUGUCCUGGGGAAGACGACCAUGUGCGACUGGGCUGCUGGAUUCUUUUCGGCUUCUUCCCUGAGCGGAACCACUAAGCAUCCCAUUGACCCGUCGCGUGAUCCAGGAGGCUCAUCAGCGGGCAGCGGGACCGCGAUAGCUGCGAACAUGGCAUUGACAGCUAUCGGAGGCGAUACCGGUGGCAGUAUCCGAUUGCCAUCUAGCUUUUGCGGGCUGGUCGGUGUGCGAGUGACUCCCGGAAGAAUCAGCAGAGAUGGUAUGAGUGCUCUUGUCAAGACCCAGGAUACCCCCGGACCCAUGUGCAGGACUGUGGAAGACGCAGCUCGCAUCCUUGAUGUCAUUGUUGGGUUCGAUGAGAAGGACGAUUUCACUUCCAUCAACAGCUUCACCGGGCGCAGCGCUUUGCCAGAUCAAUUCACGAAUGCCGUCAGACAGCCCUUCCUGGAGGGAAAGCGCCUCGGUGUUCUGCGGGAAGCCUUUGGCACCCAUAAGGGCAUCAACGCAGUCCUCGAUCAGACCAUAUCCAAUCUCAAGAAUGCGGGUGUUGAGCUGAUCGACGUCUCGAUCCCAGGUCUUGAAGACUACAAAGCCUCCACCUCACCCUACAUUCUACGAUCGAAGAAGGACAUUAACAGUUUUCUGGAAUCUCGGGAGGAAUUGAAACAUCUCCGGAUCGAGGAGAUCUAUCAGAACGGCGACUAUCAUCCAGCGUGCGAUCUCAUUGAUAUGCUCGUCAAGGGACCAACGGAUCCGUUCCAGAGUCCGCACUCUGCAAAGCAUCUGACUCAGAAGGAUGAGUUCCAGCGAGUUGUAGCAUCGAUCUUUGCGAAGCAUAAUCUAGAUGCGAUGGUCUAUCCCACCUGCACAGAGCUGGCGCCGAAGACGCAGAGCGUGUUGGAUCGAGAGUAAGUGUCAAGCUCUUUCCGGGAAAGACCAAGCUGAUGUUUAGGUUCACUCAUCUUCCAAACACGGUCAUUGGCAGCCAACUGCUCUGGACCGCCCUCUCCGUGCCUAUUGGGAAGACCAGAGAUGAUCGGUACCCGGAUGAUCCGGAACUCCCUGUUGGGUUGGAGAUACUGGGGGUUCCGUUGAGCGAGGAGAGGAUUCUGAACAUCGCUGCGGGAGUCGAGGCGCUUCAGCAGAAGCAGCGGCAAUAG